GUGUAUAGCAGGACGACGGUGAAAGUGAUGGAUAAGUUUUUGAAGAGGAAAAAUGCUGACUCUGAACUGGACCCUGGACAAAAUCCGGACCCAGAUGAAGGCCCUAAUAUGAGUGGAGGUCAUAAGAAAGCAAAGACGUCCAGCAAAGUUUCUGGCGCGAGGCAAGAAACAAAAGCUGUCUUUCAUUUGGAUUUACUUUUACCGGAAAUGCAACGGCACCGACUCUGUUGUGGUGAAAAGCUCUCCAACGGCGCUAUGGUCCCAAGUAAGCUUAAACGCCAUCUCCAAACGAAACACCCUUCACUUCAAAACAAAAAUGUGGAGUAUUUUGUUCGCCUGCGUGAACACACGGAGAAACACGCAACUUUCAUGAGAAAAAGCAAAGGUAAACGAGAGAACCCUUAAACCUAGCUAGCUACCACGUCGCUGAACUUGUGGCUAAAUCAACUUGUGGCAGAGCAAUUAAUACUUCCCGCCCGCAACGCCAUUGGAAAUGAAAUAGCCAAAGUUCCCCAUGCUGGCCAACAAAGCUAUUUUGACAUUGCUCCCAUUUUCCACAACAUACCUGUGUGAGGUGAGCUUUUCAAGUCUGACUGCUGUAAAAAGUAAAAACAGAGAAAGACUGAGAGCUGUGGAGGAAGAGCUUCAUGUGUGUCUUUCAUCGAUUCCUGCCAGGAUAUCAACUCUGUGUUCAUCCAAACAGGCCCAGGUUUCACACUGAGGUCGUGGGGAUGCUGGAGCCUAUCCCAGCUGUCUUCGGGCGAGAGGCGGGGUACACCCUGGACUGGUGGGCAGCCAAUCACAGGGCACAUAUAGACAAACAACCAUUCACACUCACAUUCAUACCUAUGGACAAUUUGGAGUGGCCAAUUAACUUAGCAUGUUUUUGGAAUGUGGGAGGAAACCCACGCAUGCGCGGGGAGAACAUGCAAACUCCACACAGAGAUGGAGAGAUGGAGUGUGUGGAUGUGCGCUAACCACUCGACCGCCGUGCAGCCGAGUAUAAAUAUGAAAGAUUAUAAAAUACUUUAUUCUUUGUGUUUAUUUGAUUCCUAUUCAAGACGUUAUAUAUAACGUCAUUCUUCAAUGUUAAGAAAAAAAACUUAUAUUAACAAUAUAACACUUACAUAUAUUGUUAAUAUUAACAAUAUAACACUUAUAUUGUUAAUAUAAGCUUUUUUUCACAUUUUCAGCUGGUGGUGUGCCGCGGGAUUUUUCCAAUGAAAAAAAUGUGCCUUGGCUCAAAAAAGGUUAAAAAACACUGCAUUAAUGUAUACACAAAGUUUUAAAUCUAUUAAUAAUUCAGUAUGAAUAAUAAAAAAGACAAAUUAUUUCAAGUCAAAGGUGGUUUAGGUUAUUAUCCACAGUAAAUAGUUACGGCAUCUUGUGGUUUGUUAAUGGAAAGUCAUUCAUUUAUUUGAACAUGAACAUGCAUGUUACAUUGGAAUACAUCACUUUCCCAAUUCUACGUCUCACAAUGUAAAGAUGGACCUUUAGGAUUUCUCAACAAAUGUGAGGAUAAGCGGUAGAAAAUGAAUGGAUGAAUGUUAAAUUUCACUUGUUCUCUAUUAUGUCCAGUAGAUGGCAGAAGAGACCUUCAUGAAAAACCUCACUGAUUGAAUGAGCCAUUCUCAGUUUGCAUGCAAACUAAUUGUAAAAAGGGCCUCAUAAACAUAUGUGGUUAGUGAGUAGCACACUCUUGUGGUGAAUAGAUGUAAUAGCAAUUUAUUUGCAAUUCCCCAUCCGCCUCUGCUCGGUGACAAAUCAAAACGCAGAUCAAUACGUGCUUUCACCAUAUUAGAAACUCUCCAUUCUGUUAUGAGAAAAUAUGUUGUAAAAAGGGGUUAACUUUGCCACACAGAAGCAUAUACUCCCUUCCUCAGAAUAAAUAUAACACCUUGGUUCUUCACCCUAAAUACACCUGAAGAUGGGAUUGCUCAUCUUCACAAUCCUAAUGUUAAACAUGGACACAUUUAUUUCCUUUUUCUGUGCAUAUUAACAAGAGAAAACAACUUCGUAUGACCUAGCUAACAAUGCACAUCAUUGGGACACACCUAUUUCAACUACAAAACCAAUUAAAAAAACAUUUUAUAUGCAUGCUGUGAUCAUGCAAUAACAAGUACAUUGAUGAUACUACUGUAAUACUUAGAGUAUCUUGCCGUAUUUUGAUGAUUUAAAACAAUACCAGAACAUCUUUCCUAGCCUUGAUUUCAAAGACCCAUUGAUCGGAAGUAACGCUACUUCUGUGAACAAGGUCAGACGCAUCAUCGCCGCAGGUCAGUUCUGCACAGUAAAUGGAACACUGUUGGUUUUUGUUUUCUUCAGGCUGAAGCGUCAAAAUGGGUGUGUUGCAAUGACAUGCAUUGUUAGCUAGCUCAUAUUAACUGGUUUUCUGGUGUUAUAAUGCACAGAAAAGGGAAAGGAAUACUGUAUUUUCUGGACUAUAAGUCGCACAAGGCCUAAAAUGCAUAAUUAGGUAGAAAAAAAACAUACAGAAGUCGUACUGGAGUAUAAGUUGCGUUUUUUGCAGGUAAUUUAUUUUCCAAACUACUUGACCAAAACAGACAUUACAUCCUCUUGGAAGGCGAGUUCUAACAAUAAAAGAAUAGAGAACAGGCUGAAUAGGUGUAAGAUAUGCUAACACAAUGGUUAUUCAGCUACACAAAAAAUAAACAUGAACAGAAAAGGUGUCCAGUGUUUAUGUACCUUAAACAGUUUUUUCAUUUAUAAGUCGCUCUGGAGUAUAAGUCGCAGGAACAGCCAACCUAAAAAAAAAGUGUGACUUAUAGUCCGGAAAAUACGGUACUCUUCUUUUGUGUAUUCCCACUCCCUUUCCAAAUAGUCACUGGAUUUUUCUCCCCAUCUGUUCAUAAUGUACCUGUAUAAAGUCCUCAUAUUGUUGUUCUGACAAAUGACAAUGUAAUUCAGGAGGUCCUCUGUUUUUUCCGUCUAAUUUCUAGGUCCACUUUUGGGCUCUUUAGUCUCCACGGGGCCUCUUCAGGGUACACCACAAAGGGGUUUACUUGUCCUCCUGCUAUUCCCAACUUCUUUGCUAUUUUCUUUCCUAUUUUGGCAAAAUGCUGACUGGUGUGCUUCCCAUUCUCUUAGCUUUCCUGUAAUACGUCAUGUGUUGGGUGACUGUCUCGAUGCCCUCUCAAAUUCCAGUGGCGUUUCUCCAGUCUCUACUAGGAUUGGUAAUGAGUGCAGUCCACAGUUCAGCUAAGAAGAGGCAGAUGAUAAUUGUUACCAGGUGUGUCAGGUAAGCGGUUCAAGACACAGCAGAUAUAGGCACACAGAUCAUGACGGAGAGGUUCCAAUACGUGUGGUUGAAUGAGCUCACGAUGGAACAUGGAGCCUGGCCCAGCAGGGUGCACUGUAGUCGGACACACUCUACAAGUAACCUUACAUUUGGUCUUACAGUUGGACCUCCCGUCACCUUUCUGUGAUGAGGGCGGUGCUUGGAAGCACACAAGAUGUCACAAGGCCAGAAUGUGACCAUGUCUAAGCAAUUACGGUAUACUGUUGCUUCCUUGUUCAAGUGCAUCAGGACCGUAGCCCAAAAGACGAACCUCUUCUACGAAUGAAUCCAAAACAAAGCUGAGGUCAACCAGAGUGGUUCAUUCAUUCCUGGACCAUAAGCAACAUCCAGUCACUGCUUUUAAGCCGACCAGACCAAGACAUACAACUUGACUGUCACUAAGUCAUGAAGUCUCCAAUGAGGGGUUUGUGUUCAAGUGUAAAGUCAGCCACAGAGAAUUCAUUCACACUCCGCUGCCUAAACACACAUCCUCACACACACACACACACACAGGAAACCUUGGAAAAGACUUCAUCCAGUUUGUGAUGUAAAGUCAGUUCCAGCUAAGUGUGGUAUGUUUUCCUUUGGAGUUGGCUGACAGGAAAGCGCAGUGAUUUUGGUGGUGGUAGUAGCUGCGCCUUACUCACACACACUGCUGUGCUCUCCAGACUGAGGGGAGGGGCGGGGGGGGGUCUUAACCAGAUGAAGGAUACUGAGGAAGCAUGCACUCAAUUCCACUGGCCUGGUUUUGAUCUGUUGUUACAUACAGUAUGUCCCGCCUCUUUUCCUUGAGUCAAUUCAUGUCUCGCCUUGUAUUUUCGGUAGAAGCAGUGGCAGCUGACUGAAAGAGUGGAAAUGAUUGACUACGAGCGACCCUACCCAUUAACCUGUGGACCAGGAGGGAGGGGUGUACUGGUUCCCCAGCUCCCGGUGCACACUCAUCCAGCCAUGCCUCAGAGAUACUCCCACCAGAGGAGGAAAGCCAGCACGGCUGCUGCUCGGAGGAUGGAGAGGAGGCGCAGGGACCAGUGGAAAAGCAAUACAAAUAACAACAACAACCCAAACGACGGCCAGAACCAUCGCUCCAGGAAGCUCGCCAUGCUCUCCAGAUCCUUAAUUUUGUGUCACUCCAAGACCAAUGAUGACUGCCCCAGUCCAGAAGCGAGGGAGGCUGAGGAUGUGCCAGAGAAAAGAAGGACAUGGAGUUCAGGCUGGACGACAGACUUGGCCCAAACAGGAUACAGAAAUACAAAAAUUGGACACUGGAAGACUUGGGAAUUAACCCUGGAGACUAGAGGAGGGAUAGAGACCGCCGAACAGCUGCACCAAAACACAAGCCUCAGUGAAAAUAAAACAAGACUGCGGAAAUCCUUUAGCAUCAAGGAGAGUAGCAUUUGGAGGAUGUGUGUAGCCACAAGAGCCACUGAGGAGGUGUGUGUACCAGACAUGUCCGAUUAUGGCAUCCAGGCAGAAGACAAAGAUACUCAUGUGGAGCCAAGGAUGAGAGGAGGGGAUGUAUACAGAGGUUCCAACUUCCUGAGCCCAGAAAAACUGUCACCAUUCAACGGCCAAUGUCUAACUGGUGCUGCAUGGAUGGAGGCGGAGAGACUGAGGAGCGUGUACACGACAUCUUGUAGUCAGCCCACCUCGCAGUGUGAAGACUCUCUCCAUUCCCAAAUUCUAAGCACAAGCCUGCAGCAUCCAUCACUUAUCUCCCAGUCAGAUCAGCUGUCUUUGUCUGCAUACACAGACCAAGGACUUACAGCCAACAACAACCAUCUCAAGUUGGCCAUUCCGGAGGUGAAGGAAGAGACCAACUGGGAGACGGACGAACAUCAGCAGAAUCCAACAGGACAGACGGGCAGCAAUAAGACAGACUCCAAUUCAAACAGUGUUCGUCCUUACUGGAUCGGGGACUUGGACAGCAUCAUUAUGAAAAGCCCUGAAAUGUACACCACUCAGCCUGACGGGGGAUGUCAUCUCUACGGCAACAGGAAGUCCCUAUCCCAACAGCUGGAUUUAGUACACAGUUCACUCCAGCCCUGUCGGUCAUCACGCUCCCUGAGCUCUGCCCAACUGGUCCAUUCCUGCAGUAACACUCAAGCUUUUAUGAUCUGUAACGUUGUGUUGAUGAAGGGCCAUGGCAAGGGUCUGGGCUUCAGCAUAGUGGGUGGGAAGGACAGCAUCCAUGGACCGAUGGGGAUUUAUGUCAAAACCAUUUUUCCUGGUGGAGCAGCAGCUGCUGAUGGAAGGCUACAAGAAGGUGAUGAGAUACUGGAGCUCAAUGGGGAGUCACUGCACGGUUUGAGUCACGAUGAAGCCCUCCACAAGUUCAAACAAAUCAAAAAGGGUCUAUUGGCUCUGGUGGUGAGAACAAGCCUGCGGGUUGGGGCCUUGUGCGGCCAGCCCCAACUAAAUCAGCUGUGCAGAUCACGCUCACUAAACUCCACCACAGCCAUGGCCGAGAUCAGCACUGACACGGGAGAGUACGACUACCUGAGUAAAACCUGCGACAGCUCCAGAGCGAGUGUUCUUGGCCAGCCUGCUAAACCCCGCGACCGCAUCAUGAUAGAAAUCACCCUGCAUAAAGAGGCCGGUGUUGGUCUGGGCAUUGGACUGUGCUGUGUUCCAUCUACUGACGGAUGUCCUGGAAUCUUCAUCCAUACACUCUCUCCUGGAUCUGUGGCACACAUUGAUGGCAGACUCCGGUGCGGGGAUGAGAUCAUGGAGAUCAAUGACACCGUGGUCUACAACAUGGCACUGAACGACGUCUACACAGUCCUGAGCCAAUGCAGUCCAGGUCCAGUUCAGGUUAUUAUCAGUCGACACCCUGAUCCCAAAGUAUCAGAACAUCAGCUGAACGAUGCAAUAGCUCAAGCUGUGGAAAACAGCAAACUAAGAAAGGACAAGAGCAAUUGGAGUAUUGAUGGACUGCGGAGGUUGGAGUCUCACGGCCGUUGUUCAGAAAGGAGCUUCAGUCAGACCACGGUCCGUGGAGCUCAGAAGUUCAUGACGCGCUCCUGCAGUGAUAACACCAACAGCCGCUGCCUCAUCAGCCACGGUUGUCAUAAAACGCAUCACAACCCACCAGCCCGUGUCCAUAGCCUAGACACACCCAAGUCAAUGACAGAGACAUGGUCUGACAACAGACUGUCGGUGCCAGUAUAUCCAGAUGAUGACUACAACGUUCCGUUUAACUGUCCUGCUGCCAACCUGCCUAGUCAGCAGACCCUGGAUGACGCUUUCAGGGCCAAUAAGUCCACCUCCAGGCUGCGUGCUGUUCCACGUCGCUACGCCUGGUCUCAGGAUGUGAGUGGCGAGGAAGGUUACAAUGGAGACUCCAGUGGUUCCAGUAGAGCGUCCCCAGAUAGAGAUGAUGGAUUGAACACCUCAAUAAACAUUCACUGCCAGUGCAUCCAUAUCUUCAGCAACGUAUGCAAAGGUGUGAGAAAGAUGGUGAAGUUACUCUUAAGGGAUGAAGAAGAUCAAAUCAGAAAAGAGUCGGAGGGGAGCAGAGAAAGCUUCACGGUGAAGGAAAAGGUACACACAGGUGGAUCAGCUGUGCUUUGCUCACAGUCCAACAGAAGAGCUCUUCGGAGGCAGGCACGCAUCCAAUACCAGCUUCAGGAUCCUUGGGUUCGCCUUUCAGACACUUCCCCUGAAGAUCUGCAACAAGUUAGCCACAAUUGUCACCUUCUCCACCAGCCUGUCGCCAUGACUACUGAAGAAAACACCCAAAAGCUGAGCUGCAGUGCGACAGAAUUAACCACCAAUUCUGCUGAGAAACAAAUGGAGAUCUUCAGCAGUUUAAAGAAGGGUCCUCCCGUGGCACCAAAACCCGCUUGGUUUCGCCAAAGCCUGAGAAAGAUCCGCUCUGAGCAAGAUCAGAAGAAGCAGGGUGAAGCUGUUAAGACGAGGCGAGCCGGAGGCUUCCAUCGAAGUUUUAAUGUCAGAUCUGCCUCGUCUGUCGCCAGCCUGUCCAUCAAAGACAAAAUCCAUUCAUUUGAGACUUUUUCAAACCCAGAGAGUCCGGAUCAUGCGGAAAAGGAAAAGCAUGUGUCCUCGUCUACCCCCCUUCGUCUGCCUUCACAUAAAAAACAAUCUGCAUCUGAAAGAGUAACGGAGACGUCUGCUUCACUUUCUGCCAGCUCAUCCAGUCUUGAAUGUGGUGAAACAAAAAAUCUUCCCAAUACCGACCCUCAAUCUGUGGACCCCCCAUCUUGUCAGACUACCGAUACAGAUCUAAAACAUGGGAGCCAGUUUUCUAAUUCAGUUUCAGUCCAGCAUACCUUGAACGUCCAAACAUCCGCAGAAUUGGAUGAUGCUCAAGAAGCAGAAAUACAGAACGUGGGCGAGAGCGGGUCUGUGGAGGUCGAAACCUUAACCAGCCCAAGCCGAUCCUCUUUGGGAUCCAGCCGUGCUGAAGGGGGACGUUCUCCAGAAAGGAACCACAGAGAACAAAGUAACUUGACAAGAAGUGCCAGUCCAUCCACAGACUGUACCUCAUAUCAGGACCUAGAGGGAGAGAAUUUUGGGAAAAUCCUUGCCUUCAGCAACCAGGUAUCACAAGCGUUGAUGCGCGCCCUCCCAAUCUCCACCGACCAUGGCAGCUCUAAUCCAGAUCUCCCAGAAUCCUCUACUGCAGAUGAUAUCGACCAUCAGGAGUGUGAUCCCGUUCCAGAUGUCUCUGAUACUGGAUUUUCUGUCAGCUUGGCCACUCUCAGAGAAUGUACCAUUGAGCUCGGAGAGACGGGGUGCCAAGAAGGAGCGCUUCCUGCUUCUUGCGCUCAGUCAGUCAUCUCGGCCAUUUCGUCAGAAGAAAUACAGACGAUGAUCAGAGAAGUCAGAGCAUUGGAUGACGACACGCUGAAGCAACUGCAAGACAUCCAUGUUGUGAUUCUGCAUAAAGAAGAAGGAGCCGGGCUGGGCUUUAGCAUUGCUGGAGGUUCUGACCUGGAGAGCAAAUCUCUUGCAGUACACAAAGUGUUCCCAAGCGGGUUGGCCACGCAGGAGGGCACCAUCCAGAAAGGAGAUGAAGUGUUGUCGAUAAACGGCCAGACGCUCCGUGGCGUCACACAUGCCGAAGCCACCGCGGCUCUGCGUCAGGCACGCACGCUCAAACUGGCUGUGGUGGUGGUCUGCAAGAGAACGGAGGAGGAACCGAGAGAAGAAGGCAGAAGCUGUGAAGAAUCCCACCCUGCAAACAAAGACAAAGGCACCUUGGUGAGUGUGGAACUAGAAAAAGGUGCGGGCGGAGUCGGCUUCGCCUUGGAAGGAGGAAAGGCUUCCAUCCAUGGAGAUAAACCGAUAGUCAUCAACAGGAUCUUUAAAGGUGGCGCAGCAGAACAGGUCGGUCUUCAGUGUGGAGAUGAAGUACUGCAAGUCCAGGGUACCAGUCUCCAUGACAUGACUCGCUUCGAGGCCUGGACCAUGAUCAAGGCUUUACCUGAAGGCCACAUUGUGGUGGACGUCAGGAGAAAUGAAGACAAAACACAACAUUGUUGAGUCUUUGUCAGCAGACUUGGUAUCAUCCAUUCAUUAUUUAUCAUCUGGGGGUAGAGGUCACUUGGGAAGGUCGUCCAGAAACCAGAGGCUUGGCGGUUGGAACGCUACUUCAUCCAUCCCAAUCACUGCUGUUGUGUCCUUGAGCAAGACGUUUCACCCACCUUGCCUCUGGUGCCAUCCACACUGGUGUAUACAUGUCUAUAUUUGUUGGUGCUUGGACUCAAUUGGCAGCAAUUUGUCCGUCGGUUGUGUUUUACGGAUGUAGUUUACCACCGCCAGUGUUUGACUGCACUGAAUGAAUAAUGGUUUCGGUGCAAAGUGUCCGGAAAGACGCUAUAUAAAUGAAAUGCAUUUUCAGUAGUGGUGCAACGGUUCACUGUCGGUCUGGUAUGUGCCUCGGCUUUUAAAGGGGACCUAAGAUGCUUUUCCACUUUCCUGACCCAUAAAUGUAGUUAGAAUGUUUUAUUCUUGUGUUAAACGAUGCCAAAGUCUCCGAUAAUGAGGUUUGUGCAUUUGGAAGUGAGCCCUAAAAGAAGUUUGGGAUGACUCAAAACACUCGGCUUCAAAAGGCGUGGUAAAACUGCCCCUUUGUGAUGUCACAGAGGGUGGAUUCCUUAUAUGGGCGUGGCUGUAAGCCAGCAAAUCUCUCUCUGCUUCCCCCACCCUUCCCCAAGCUCUGCUCCUCUGUUUACUUACAGGAGUUCCUGAUUCCCUAACAGCAAAAGAAAUCCAUUUUAAUAUGUCCACGGCAUUAUGCAGCUGGACUAGCCGACAAACUAUCCAACGUUACUUGGUGUGGAAGAGUCCGAAAGCAAGCAGUAAGUAACAAUUUAUCAGUGUCCUAACUGUGCUUAUUUUAUGUAAGUCAUGGAGCAAAAUCACUUGCAUACAUUUGCAUACACUUGCAUAUAGCGGGGAUGCUAAUAACCGUUUCCCACCACAAUUAGUUGCCACAUUAGAUGUUACGAUGAUGCCGAACGCUAAAAUGCUAAAGCUACUUACCAUUGAGAGACGUCUUGAAGUAACCUCUUUUCUGAGAACCGUUAGACAGUCCAGUCUCGACUUCCGAAUCGGAUUUGGAAUCCAACACAUACGGCUGUAUGUUAAAGGCCAAUAUGCUAUGCCGUUCACAGCUAGUGGCGAGUGUGACCAACCACUCGCCACUAAAUAAAUCACGUUUUCGUGAGAAACACAAAAUCCAAAGAAAUACAGCUGAAUAGGUGUUGAUUCUGGAAGAACUAUGAAGCUUUGUGUGCUAGUUAUUCUGUGCAGGUGCUCUAUAGGAGUUCACAACUCAAUACAAAAGGCUGAAAAAUGAGCCUAAUAGGUUCCCCUUAAGGUCACAGUUCAUUUAGUCACCAUCCCAUCCAGGAAUCAAAUGAUGUUGGCUUUUAAUCAGCAGUACAAAAUCAGUCACUUUGGUUGCGGGACUGGAACGGCAAAAAGUAAUGCGACUAUAAGGGUGUUAUUUCAUGAAUGGACUGUAAUAGUGUUAAAAAAAAAAAAAAAACCUAAACCGGUUUUAUAUGCUACAAACUACAAAACUAUUUAAUUUAGAAGGAAAUUCCCUUGUCACAGUUGGCUCUGGAGCUAAUUAACCGUUAAUAAAGACGGAUUACUGGAACAGUUUACAACAGCGGUCUCCACCGAGGGCUGAAAUUCCAUGUUUUUUUGUUUUUUUUACAUGGAUACAAAUUUAUCAAUGAUCUAUUUCAAAACGAGGACAGUAUGAAUCUUGAAUAAUAUUAGAUGGCUCACCACUUUGCCAGUCCCAGUUUUCCACAUAGUCACUUCACUUCUUCCAGUGUGCAAAUGAAAGUGAAAAAAUAAAUUUUUUAUAUAUAUUCUUAUAUAUAUAAUAUUUCUCCAUUCAUUUUCUAAUUCACAAUGAGGUUUAGAGAUCGGGACUCGAAACUUUUUUCUUUGUUGUGUAGUUCUUGCCAAAGGAGACAAAAAGGUCCUGUCAAUCAGCACUGCUGCUCGGACAAACAGGUUGAUGACAAUUAUUUAAAAAAAUGAAAAGAUGGUGGAUACAGUACAUUGUAGUAGACAGUGGUGUGUUCUCUGGGUUUUAUGCUGCUGAUUCUGAUCAUCCAUGAGUGCUACUGGCCAGGGGUGUCACAUGGGGGUGCAAAAAAUAGGUCAUUACAAAUUUGACAUGAGCAAUUACCUAAUAAAUAAAUACUCAACAAAUCUUUUCUAUCCCAUUUCUUGUUUUUGCAUUCUGAAGCUCUACUUAGAACCUCCUUUAGAUGAAAAUGUAAAUUAUUGCCAAUUAUGAUCAGGAGCGUAUAACAUUACUGAAGAAUUUAAAUGAUAUUUCAUGAUAAAAUCUCAUUUUAGGUAACAAAUUCUAUUUUUUUCCAGUGUUCAAGGUAGUUUAAAAGUAUCUUUUUUUAUUAUAUAAUUUAAUUAAAUUUAUUUAUCUCUUUUUAUGUAUCUUUUUUAUCUAUUUUACUUUGGGGACGCAAAUGCCAUGUAGACUGUUUGCAUGAAAUGACAGCAACAACAUGCCACAAUAGUUCCUUUUUUAUGGUAUCUUUGAUCCAUCGUCUUUUGGAGGAACAAAACAUGCCUGAAUAAAAUACAAAGCUGUGCUACUUGACUUGACACUUAAUGCAUAUAUUUACUGAACAUAGGACUGGCUUUGUGAAUUUCUGUCUUAAGAAUACUGCGAGAGGCACACACACACACACACACCUUUCAGCACCUUGAUGCAUCCUCAUCACGUUAGUAGUACUUCGUGUAAGUCCUCAAGUCCAGCACAGAGAACAAUGGGACACAUGACUGGAAGUUAUUGAUGAUUGAAAAACAUGACAUUAAAACAUUUAAAAGCACAACAUUGUUGCUUGAUACAUUUGUAAACACACAUCUUUGAAUUAUACAUUUGAUAUUUGCAUUCAAAAUAAUAAUGCACAUUUUUUUCCAUAGUAAAAAAACAAAAAAGACAUCACACAAAUUCCCUAUUUGAGGUUUUUAGGCUCAAUGAGUUAUUAAAGUGGAAUAUAAAAGUAAACACAAAAGUAAACAAAGAGUAAAAUCCUAUACUGUAUGGUUGAUGGUGACUCCAGUAUCAAGUGAUAAUGGAUUACAAAGUACUUCGAAAAGACACUUUGACCCAAGUCAAUUUCCCCUCCAAGAAUGAAUACACAGUACACGUCCAUUCCCUUUGCCGCAACAGAGGUUCAAUUCCUGAAGAGUAUAAAGUGAUAGAGAAUGGAAUGCAUGCACUGCAGCGCCACAUUAGGCUGUCAUGUCAUAAAAGGGAAGAAAAAAAUGACCGCUACUGUUCUGUUCAGUGUAACGGCAUGAAAUUACUGUUCAGAAGGUCACAACAUGAAUUCAUAUAAGCGCAACCCAACCCUGUAACGACUACCUCGAACUUGUAACGCCAUAUAUGGAUCAUAUAUGCACCUCCAGUGCGCUCUAACUCUGAUCUCCUUUUGUAACCAUAAGGGUCUUGGUUUCAUGCAUUUAAACAUACAUAACUCCUAAUAAAACUACAUAAGCUGAUGGUUGCUAACAACUACAAAAAAAAAUAUCUCGCCAGGGUGGCGGAGUCUCAUCCAAGUUAAAACAGCGAUAUGGUGUUCGCUUGAAAAUGUCAAAUAUGUUUUUUUCCUCAUUGAAGGUGAUUUUAUGGUCCCCCUUUUAUAUUUGAUCAUAUAGCCAACAUUAAAUGUGUGAUUGGUAUCGGCUGAUUUCAGUCAUGGAGGAUCGUUAUUGGAAUCAGCAGCAUAAAACCCCAAUCAGAGCAUCCCUACUGUACCCCCUAGUCAAUUGGCCCUCACAUACAGUCAUUGGUAAGACUUCACCCAUUGCUCACCAUCUAAUACCCAUACCCGUGUUAUUUGCUCUGGCAGUGUCAUUAACCUCCUUAUUCCCCAGGUCUGACAUCUUUUAAAUGUUGUAUGCCUGAAAUGACUGCAAUAACCUGCCAUAAACAAAACUCAUCCAAUUCAUCGACAAAUCAUCAUUUAAAAAGUUGGUGAGGGAAAUUGUGCUUAACUGCUGCAUCUGUUUUUACAUUUCUUGAAUUCAUCAAGAAAAUGCUAACUAAUUCACACAUAAUAAUCUAAUUUGUCUAGGUAAUUGACUUUUAUUUUGUCUAAUGCCCCUUGGCCAGGUCGGAAUUGCAGAAUUUGUUCUCAAUUGUCUUACCUGGAUAAACACUGUAUUUCUUUGAAUAGAAAUACAAUAAAACAAAGGUAAUAACUUGACAUGUUUAUUUAUCCCUUUCUUUCAUCAUUUAUAUGUAUUUGGAAUUGUGUUCGGAAUGCAAAACUAUAAUUGUAAAACUAUAGAAAUGUGAUUUAGUGUGUGGACUAAUUGGAUUUCCAUGAUUUCUUAUGGGAAAUAAAGUUUGAAUUAGAGUAUGUUUACCAAGGUCUA